AUGUUGGUUUUCUUCUUUUACACGCUCGUGGCUACGUGUGUUUGGACAGUCGAGGGACACGAUUUGAAGGGUUUCGAUGAUUCCGUACUGUUCAAUCUGGUGUGGAACAACAAGAACGACCUAAUCGAUGUAAUUCCCGGCUCGGAACAGAUGUACAUCACGUCAGCGAACAAGGAAAAGUAUGUGUGCACCAUCCCACCCAUCACCGCGAAAGAAACGGCCGGCGAUGUAGAGUACAGUGGUCCGAGCCCGCUGGAACUGCUCGAGCCACUUUUCUUUUCCACCAGCUGCUCGUAUCGCAUCGAAAGCUAUUGGUCGUACGAGGUAUGCCACGGCAGCUACAUUAAGCAGUACCACGAGGAACGGCACGAGAAGACCAGCAAGCUGCAGGAAUACUUUCUUGGCCGCUGGGACACGCAAAAGACGGAAGCACUCAAAGCAAAGUACGCCCAAGCGGAUGCAGAUAAGGAGCAGAUGAAGUAUAAGAAAAUUGAAGGAUUCAAUCUGCCGUACCUGGAGCUGGAGAUGGAUUCGGGCACAAUUUGCGAUUUGAAUGGAGAACCGCGCGUGACGAAGGUGCUGUAUGUCUGCUAUCGGUUCGGGAAGAAUGAGGUGUACUCGCUGAAGGAAACGUCCACCUGCAACUACGAGGUGAUCAUACUGACCGCAGCACUCUGUACCCAUCCGAAGUACAAACCGCAGGACACGGAGGAGAACAAAAUCAAUUGCAGCCCGUACGGUGAAUCGCCCCGGAAGCCGAAAGCAUUGCUACAGCAGGAGGUGGACAAACUGCGGGCAAAGUAUCAACAAUUGACGGUCACUAUAAGCGAUGUAUUAGGAUAUGAAUUGCCUGAAGUGAGCGAGGAUGGUUCCAUGCGUGGUGAUCCGUUGCGGAAGGAUACGACACUCAACUUUGAUUGGAAAGCGAUGGAAGAAGAAGCGAGCGAAAGCGAAGGAGAAACACCCGUGUCGUCCAUGACCCGACGACCGAAAAAGUCGAAGGAGCUAACCUCGCUAUUGGAAUUCCUUGACGGAGCUUACUGCUUGCCGGGGGGUUCCGGUUGGUGGAAGUUUGAGUUAUGCUUCGGCAAACACGUCCGCCAGUACCACAAAGACACCUCCAUCUAUCUCGGCUACUUCAACGUCGAUAAGCACCGGGAAUGGUUAGAGAAGAAUCCAACCGCCCGCUACAAGCGCAAGCUCGAGAAUCAAAUCAGCCAUUUCUACACCGGUGGCGACGUUUGCGACAAAACGAACCAACCGCGGCACGUCGAGGUAAAGCUCAAGUGUACUGAACAUUCCGCUAGCUCGGCGGACGUCAUUGCCCUGUAUCUGCUAGAGCCGCGCCCCUGUGAGUACGUGCUAAAUGUGGAAUCGUCCAAGAUUUGUGAUAUUUUGCCACUGGCAACGGAGGAUAUGCUGCUCCCGGAGAACUUGCGCCAACUCGAGGAGGAAACACAGCUCGUGCUGGAGAGUAGUAGUGCUGCUACUAAUGUAAAUAAUUGAUUUAAUCACUAAACCAAA